AACAGGAACUGUAGGAGCGGCUUUAGGGCGUGCGAUAACCAGCGCUGUGUGGCCAACAGUCGUUUCUGCGACGGGGUGGAUGACUGUGGGGACAACUCAGACGAAGCCUUUUGUAACAGUGAGUAUGGACAGAAAGACCGCUUAAUCUCCCAGUCAAUCCUGACCAGGUCUCUGUCUGCUAACGCUCUGUGUGUGUGCGUGCAGCAUAUAGCAGGCUCCACACUGGGCUAAGCCUAUCUCUUUAAUGAAUCCCAGCAUCACAUCGCUCCUCAAAGACCAAGGGCCACUCGCAGACUGAGAAUACUGUCUGAGUCAGAAGGGGAGGAUAUUGGGCACAAAUUGUUCAGAAAAUCAUGUUAAGAUUCCCCCAGCCCGAAUCUCCCAUCUUUGUCAUUGCUGUUCUAAUCAAGUGGUAUUCCAAAUCCACUUUGCUAUUAUUUUCGAUUUAGUUUCUGUGGCUGUUAUUCAGCUGCAUGCAGUUGGCCCAGAGGAAAACAAACCCAGCACUUUUUAACAGGAACUUAAUGUGCUUUAAACCUGAAACGAGACAAUUAAGAGAGGCCAUGAGGCAGCAGUAGGAUUCUCUAAAGAUGGAUGAAGCUCCCAAGGACUGGGAUUUCAGGCACAUCUAGCUGUAAUGACUCUCAAAGCAUGCAGUCGGUUUGUUUUUUUAAUGGCAAACUAUCAAAAAUGCCCCUGUUUCUAUAACCAUUAAAACGUUUAAUUAUAUGCAAUUAACUGAAAAUACUAUAGUUUCCGUAGAUGGUAAAUCGAGCAAGAGAACCCCUUCUCUUCACUAGAUCGAUCAAAUAUAAUGUCCCUGUAGGGUCUCAGUAUCUAAUGUGCAUUAGUGUAUUAGUAGGGCUCAUAAUAACAGACCAUAAAUGGCAUUUGCAUGAACUAAAUUAUCAUUAAUAAGUCCUAAAGUUAUCAUGUUUUUGAUAACUAAUAUACCUUUGUUUGUUUGCGUUGAACUCAUUCUCACGCAUGCAUGCAAACAAGGCGCGCACAUACACACACCUGGCAUCCUCCCUAUCCUAGAUAUCCUCCCUAGACCUGAUGCUAAACACUACUGAGCCAUCUACAUGGGUUACACUAUUAACUGGUCCCUCUCUCCCUGAUGAUUUAGCAUGGGGUCUUUUCGAAUGGUUAAUUUCUCUCUCCCCUCUCAGAUGUCACCUGUGCAUCGUUUGAAUCCUCAUGCCAGGAUGGGAGCUGUAUCCCCGGCUCAGCCUGGUGUAACCAGAUCAUUGACUGUGCUGAUGCCUCAGAUGAAAAGAACUGCAGUAAGUUACGUUUAUGCUAACAUGGUAGCCUCAUCACCAUUGAUGGAUCGCUUGUUUUCAGUCAUUCAGCGUUAUCCAGAUUAUUAUUGCUUUGUUAUUACACAGGUAAACAAGCAACUUAAUGUACAGUGUUACUAGCUAGGCUUCCAUCCAAUUGGCAAAUGAUUUUAAUGCAAAUAUUCUAGAAUCCGUAUUAAGAAAAUUGGUCAUUUUCAUAUGUAGCCUAAUAAACUACAUGGUUUCCUGAGUCGUAGUGGGAGGACCUCACACCAUAUCAUUGCAUGACUCCAAGUUUACUUGCCAUAUGAUGGUUUUAUCAAUAUUUGCGCAUAAAGGCAUUUCCACCGCCAUUUCUCGCAUUAUUAAUUUUACCGACACAAAAAGAUCUCACCAUGUCGAACUAACAAAUGAUCUGUCUGCAUUUAUAAAAUUGUACCGAAACGUCCUGUUUCCAUCACAGCUGUGGUGAUUUUUUUAAAAUACGGUAUGACUUUACUCGCAUAAAAACUGUGGAUGGAAACCUGGUUAAUGUUACCUUUUUAUACCUUAGUGUUACCUACUGUUAGCAGAUUUACAGUAGCUCAUGUUUAUCUAGCUAAGGUUAGCUAAUGUUUUUGUGUAGAUCACACAGACUGCUCUGAAUUCUACAAACUGGGGGUGAAAGAGAAAGGCUUCAUCAGCUGUAACUCCACCUCCCUUUGUAUCCACCCCUCCUGGAUCUGUGAUGGAGCCAACGACUGUGGAGAUUAUGCAGAUGAGACCAACUGCCAGGGUGAGACUCUUGUCUUGUCUUCUCCUCUCUUCUCUCCUCUCCUCUCUCUGCCUAAGGAAGACAGAUCGAGGAAGUCAGCUUCAAUUAGAGAAGACUUACAGAAAAUCAUAAAACAUAGAUAUACCAUUUUCUGAAGUGAUUAGUAUAGCGGUUCGAGAGUUUCAAGUUCCUUGGUGUCCACAUCACCAACAAACUAUCAUGGUACAAACAUACCAAGACAGUCGUGAAGAGGGCACAACAACACCUUUUCCCUCUCAGGGGACUGAAAAGAUUUGGCAUGGGUCCCCAGAUCCUCAAAUAGUUCUACAGCUGCACCAUCGAGAGCAUCCUGACUGGUUGCAUCACCGCCUGGUAUGGCAACUGCUCGGCAUCCGACCAUAAGGUGCUACAGAGGGUAGUGCGUACGGCCCAGUACAUCACUGGGGCCAAGCUUCCUGCCAUCCAGGACCUAUAUACUAGGCGGUGUCAGAGGAAGACCCCAGAAAUUGUCAAAGACUCCAGUCACCCGUCAUAGACUGUUCUCUCUGUUACCGCAUGGCAAGCGGUAACGGAGCGCCAAGUCUAGGUCCAAAAGGCUCCAUAGCUUCUACCCCCAAGCCAUAAGACUGCUGAACAAUUAAUCAAAUGGCCACCCGGACUAUUUACAUUGACCCCCCCCCCCCCCUCUUUGUUUUUACACUGCUGCUACUCGCUGUUUAUUAUCUGUGCAUAGUCACUUUACCACAACCUACAUGUACAUUUUAUACAUUUACUUCAUUUAGCAAACGCUCUUAUCCAGAGCCACUUACAAAUUGGUGCAUUCAACUUAUGAUAGCCAGUGGGACAACCACUUUUUUUAUGGGGGGAGGGGUGGGGGUGUAGAAGGAUUACUUUUAUACUAUUCCAGGUGUUCCUUAAAGAGGUAGGGUUUCAAGUGUCUCCGGAAGGUGGUCAGUGACUCCGCUGUCCUGGUGUCGUGGGGGAGCUUGUUCCACCAUUGGGGGUGCCAGAGCAGCGAAUAGCUUUGACUGGGCUGAGCGAGAACUGUGCUUCCGUAGAGUAGGGGGGCUAGCAGGCCAGAGGUGGAUGAACAUAGUGCCCUCGUUUGGGUGUAGGGUCUGAUCAGAGCCUGAAGGUAAGGAGGUGCCGUUCCCCUCACAGCUCCGUAGGGAAGCACCAUGGUCUUGUAGUAGAUGCGAGCCUCAACUGGAAGCCAGUGGAUUGUGCGGAGGAGCGGGGUGACAGGAGAGAACUUGGGAAGGUUGAACACCAGACGGGCUGCAGCGUUCUGGAUAAGUUGUAGGGGUUUAAUGGCACAGGCAGCGAGCCCAGCCAACAGCGAGUUGCAGUAAUCCAGACGGGAGAUGACAAGUGCCUGGAUUAGGACCUGUGCCGCUUUCUGUGUAAGGUAGGGUCGUACUCUGCGAAUGUUGUAGAGCAUGAACCUGCAGGAUCGGGUCACCGCUUUGAUGUUAGCGGAGAAUGACAGGGUGUUGUCCAGGGUCACGCCAAGGUUCUUUGCACUCUGGGAGGAGGACACAAUGGAGUUGUCAACCGUGAUGGCGUGAUCAUGGAGCGGGCAGUCCUUCCCCGGGAGGAAGAGCAGCUCCGUCUUGCCGAGGUUCAGCUUGAGGUGGUCAUCCACACUGAUAUGUUUGCCAGACAUGCAGAGAUGCGAUUCGACUACCUGGUUAUCAGAAGGGAGAAAGGAGAAAAGUAAAUGUGUGUCGUCUGCGUAGCAAUGAUAGGAGAGACCAUGUGAGGAUAUGACAGAGCCAAGUGACUUGGUGUAUAGAGAGAAUCGGAGAGGGACUAAAACUGAGCCCUGGGGGACACCAGUGGUGAGAGCACGUGGUGCGGAGACAGGUAGGACGCAAUCCAAGAGUGAGCAGCGCCGGAGAUGCCCAACUCGGAGAGGAGGAUCUGAUGGUUCACAGUAUCAAAGGCAGCAGAUAGGUGUAGAAGGAUAAGAGCAGAGGAGAGAGAGAUAGCUUUAGCAGUGCGGAGAGCCUCCGUGACACAGAGAAGAGCAGUCUCAGUUGAAUGACCAGUCUUGAAACCUGACUGGUUUGGAUCAAGAAGGUCAUUCUGAGAGAGAUAGCAGGAGAGUUGGCUAGAGACGGCACGCUCAAGAGUUUUGGAGAGAAAAGAAAGAAGGGAUACUGGUCUGUAGUUGUUGACAUCGGAGGGAUCGAGUGUAGGUUUUUUGAGGAGGGGUGCAACUCUCGCUCUCUACCUACAUGUACAAAUUACCUCGACUAACCUGUACCCCCACACAUUGACUCGGUACCGGUACCCCCUGUACAGUGGGGAAAAAAGUAUUUAGUCAGCCACCAAUUGUGCAAGUUCUCCCACUUAAAAAGAUGAGAGAGGCCUGUAAUUUUCAUCAUAGGUACACAUCAAUUAUGACAGACAAAUUGAAAAAAAUAAAUCCAGAAAAUCACAUUGUAGGAUUUUUUAUGAAUUUGUUUGCAAAUUAUGGUGGAAAAUAAGUAUUUGGUCACCUACAAACAAGCAAGAUUUCUGGCUCUCACAGACCUGUAACUUCUUCUUUAAGAGGCUCCUCUGUCCUCCACUCGUUACCUGUAUUAAUGGCACUUGUUUGAACUUGUUAUCAGUAUAAAAGACACCUGUCCACAUCCUCAAACAGUCACACUCCAAACUCCACUAUGGCCAAGACCAAAGAGCUGUCAAAGGACACCAGAAACAAAAUUGUAGACCUGCACCAGGCUGGGAAGACUGAAUCUGCAAUAGGUAAGCAGCUUGGUUUGAAGAAAUCAACUGUGGGAGCAAUUAUUAGGAAAUGGAAGACACAAAAGACCACUGAUAAUUUCCCUCGAUCUGGGGCUCCACGCAAGAUCUCACCCCGUGGGGUCAAAAUGAUCACAAGAACGGUGAGCAAAAAUCCCAGAACCACACGGGGGGACCUAGUGAAUGACCUGCAGAGAGCUGGGACCAAAGCAACAAAGCCUACCAUCAGUAACACACUACGCCGCCAGGGACUCAAAUCCUGCAGUGCAAGACGUGUCCCCCUGCUUAAGCCAGUACAUGUCCAGGCCCGUCUGAAGUUUGCUAGAGUGCAUUUGGAUGAUCCAGAAGAGGAUUGGGAGAAUGUCAUAUGGUCAGAUGAAACCAAAAUAUAACUUUUUGGUAAAAACUCAACUCGUCGUGUUUGGAGGACAAAGAAUGCUGAGUUGCAUCCAAAGAACACCAUACCUACUGUGAAGCAUGGGGGUGGAAACAUCAUGCUUUGGGGCUGUUUUUCUGCAAAGGGACCAGGACGACUGAUCCGUGUAAAGGAACGAAUGAAUGGGGCCAUGUAUUGUGAGAUUUUGAGUGAAAACCUCCUUCCAUCAGCAAGGGCAUUGAAGAUGAAACGUGGCUGGGUCUUUCAGCAUGACAAUGAUCCCAAACACACCGCCCGGGCAACGAAGGAGUGGCUUCGUAAGAAGCAUUUCAAGGUCCUGGAGUGGCCUAGCCAGUCUCCAGAUCUCAACCCCAUAGAAAAUCUUUGGAGGGAGUUGAAAGUCUGUGUUGCCCAGCGACAGCCCCAAAACAUCACUGCUCUAGAGGAGAUCUGCAUGGAGGAAUGGGCCAAAAUACCAGCAACAGUGUGUGAAAACCUUGUGAAGACUUACAGAAAACGUUUGACCUGUGUCAUUGCCAACAAAGGGUAUAUAACAAAGUAUUGAGAAACUUGUGUUAUUGACCAAAUACUUAUUUUCCACCAUAAUUUGCUAAUAAAUUAAUUACAAAUCCUACAAUGUGAUUUUCUGGAUUUUUUUUUCUAAUUUUGUCUGUCAUAGUUGACGUGUACCUAUGAUGAAAAUUACAGGCCUCUCUCAUCUUUUUAAGUGGGAGAACUUGCACAAUUGGUGGCUGACUAAAUACUUUUUUCCCCCACUGUAUAUAGACUCGUUAUUGUUAUUUUAUUGUGUUACUUUUUAUUUAAUUUUUUACUUUUAUUUAUUUUGUAAAUAUUUUCUUAACUCUAUUUCUUGAACGGCAUUGUUGGUUAAGGGCUCGUAAGUAAGAAUUUCACGGAACUGUUGUAUUCGGCGUGUGUGACAAAUACAAUUUGAUUUGAUUAGGGGUGCCAGAAUUAUGGAUUCUGAGAGAGUUUAGGGCCAAGAUAAUGACCUGAAUCACCACUGAAUCAACUCUCAGAUGACUCUCCCUUCCAUUGUUGUCGGCCCUAGUUUCCCAUGGGCAGACGUGUGAAGAGGGCCAUUUCGCCUGCCCCAGCGGUAACUGCAUCUCCAGUGUGUGGCUGUGUGACGGACAGAAGGACUGUGAGGACGGGGCAGAUGAGUUUCAGUGUGGUAAGGCUUUGCUAUGUUUAUUGGACCAUGUGGGUAGAGACAUUUCAUUGCAUUACAGAAGACCAUUUAUUAGUGGGCUUGUCUCACUGCUAGCCCACUCAUUAGGCAGGAUUAGGCGGUCACCUAUGGUGAGGCGGAAUUUUCUGAGCUAAACUGACGAAGACGCACCUCCAACAACAACACAUAAAACCUCACAUCAUUCUGCCCAAAAACAAUGACAAUUUCUCUUAACCAGUUGCAUAUUGGCGUUUUAGGUGAACGCUGAUGCCACCUUUUGAUAAGCAGUGCCCACUAAGUCAAACGCAGGGGCGCAAAAUAUUUUGCUUGUCUAUUCCCAGAACUUUGUGCAGUUCCGGACCAGCCUUGAUUUCCACAUCCACGGACAUUGGUUUUUGGUCCAGAUCAAAUCUGAACCAAUCAUAGACGUCUAUAUUUGGUUCAGAUUUUGUCCGGUCUGGACCAGCCUCGAUUUGGCCCAAACAUAGACGUCUGUAAAAUACGUAUUUUCAACAUCCGGAUAAUAAAUAUUUUCAAUUUCAUUCAGAACUGAAAAUAAACCAGAUUUCAACGUCCGGAAAGUACUUUUUUUUUUUUACAUCAGGAAAAUAUGCCUUUUCAACGUUCUGGAAAUAUGUAUUUUAAACAUACGGAAAAUACAUUUUCACCUUUCAUUCAGAACCUAAAUUGAACCUAACUUCAACGUCUGGAAAAUACGUAUUUUAGACGUCUUCUCAACGUCAUUAUUCUUACUGGGACUGUUCUAGUUUUGUGGGGGGCAGCAUUCUUUGGUCUCGCUUAUGGUGGCAGAACGGCAAGGACUCGCCCUGGCUUGUCUGAAUUACUUCUAGACAACCACAGGAAGACACAAAUCCAGUGUUAGCAGUGACACAUCACUAAUGAUUGGAGUUAAUUGUCUCUACUGGAUAUUGUAUUGUUCAUCCUCAUUGUGUAUUUAAUUGCUUGCCAAGUUGUCUGCUAGCCUACUUAUGUGUAUAAAGAGUAUACCUCCAGCCCUGAUAUUCAAAUAGAGCCACUUAAAAAGGACACAGUGGUGUUUUUUCCCUGGCUUUUAAUUAGCAUAUUCUCCCCUUGUGUGUAACAGUUAAUUAAUUAACCAUUAGUCAUUUUGAAUUGUUACCAGAGAUGGAAACAUGUGGGUUCACUGAGAAAUGGCUGACAUCUGAACGGAUCACAUGGAAUGUUCCCCCACACUGACCUUUCACAUGGAACCCUGCACAUGGAACCCUCUCAACAGGGAAGACAAGAACACUUCUAGCCCACCUCUUUGAUCAUUUCUAAUGUAGGCAUAACUUACCAUGACAAAGCCUUUCCACUUAGAUAGCUAAACCAAAAUUGAGUCAUGGUCUGGUAAAUAUAAUUUUCUAUUAAACAAAUGACUUAUUUAUGUAUACCGUUUAUGUUUCAUUACUUUUGCCGUCAAAGUGAUGAUGAAGGAUCUUCAAGAGUGUUUGAGUGCCACGGAGGUGGUAAUACUUAUCCUGACCUGCAUCACAGCUAGGCUUCAGAUUAAUAAAUGCGAUGAACUACUAAGGAAUUAAUUAAUUUAGACAGAAUGGCCCACAAAAAUAACACUGUCAUAUGUGUUAAUAGUCUUGAAGAGUAAGAUAAUGUUUAUUGAAGUGAAAUAAAUCACAGUAGAUUUGUCAAAAUUAAAAGCAGAAUGAGGUUUGGUAAUCAUGUUAACUGGGUGACUCAAUUUCAUCUAACACAACAUGAUUAUGUGUACCAUCAAAUGACUGAAAAACACUUUCCCAUUCAUUUAGGUAAGUGCUUCAUUAUUGUUAGAAUUUAUUUGAAUUUGAAAUAAUGGUAUUGAGAAUUGCAAAUGUACCGUAGCUCCUUUCAAAACUAAGCAUUCAGUCUGUUAGAUGUUUAGAAUGGGCAUUCUCAGGACAAAUGGAAAAUAUUUCCAUUUCUCUUAGUUGAUUACCAUAUAAAAAGCCAGAGCUAUUGAUAAACUGAAAGUAAAGGGAAAUAGUUAGAAGAAUAUGUCAUUAUAUCACUGGAAAUCCAAAAUCUCACAACUGAUUAGAUGAAAUACUUAUCUGUCAUUAUAAAAUGUCUGAUGAGCUUUCCCCGUACAGUGAAAUACCACUGAAGCCUAAGAUAUGAAAUAUUAGCAUCUCGAGAAUGAGCCUUUGUCGAGACAUCUGAAAGAGACAGAGGCAUUGGAUCUAGGCCCCCAAGGGAGGGUGGUUCUUUGAAUUUAAAUGAAUCCAGAUAUGAAGGUAUGUGUGCCUAUCUGUAGGGCUGUUAUGAUGACCGUAUUACUGCCACACCAGCGGUCACAAGUCACGAUGGCAGUCAAAUUCCACGUGACCUUUUGGUCACGGUAAUUAGGCUUCUCCAAGCUCUGAUGCUGCUGAUGGUCAGUAGUACCCUACCAAACUUGCUAACAGUCUGGUACUCAGCACUCUAUUGUCCCUCUAAUCACUCUGACAUCAAUGCAAAUGUUAUCUAAAAUCUAAUCAAACACUUCAUGAGAGCCCAUGAGCUCAUGUUGCGCAACAUUUCUAUAGGCUAUGCAAUUGCAUGAGAAAACAGAGUUUUGAUUGCCUCUAUUAAAAGAGGAGGAUCCCAUCAGCUUUCUAUAGGCUAGGCCUACUAUAUUUAUUUCUCAACUUUCCUAAUAUUAAACACAUUGCUUCUCUUUACAACAGGGGUAUAGCCUACCUGGUUGGCAUGAAAAUGAACCAAGGAAAAAGCGUCCUCCAUUCGCUAUUCAAGUGCAUAGAUGACAUGUAUUUUUUCUCCUGCCCCAGAUUCGAGACAGGUGCAUGAUAAUGGUCCACCCUAAAUCAAAACUAAUUUCACACAUAUAGUAUUUAGUAUAUGUAAAGACAAGAUUAAAUCAAGAAUAGUCUGAUGGGUGACAAUUUUAGCCUAUCACUUGUGAAUGAUGCCCAGCUUGUGUGCAGUAACGCAAGAAACAGCUCAUGCCUUUUUUUGCGCAUUUUUCAAAUAAUAGUCGCACACCUCAUGUAGCCUAGCCCAUAGGCCUAUAUGUUUUGAUAAGGUUUGUAUCACAACUAAAGCAGCCAAAUAACUUCUUAAAAUUAAGCACAUAAAUCCGCUUUACAAUGGGGGUGUAGAGCAUAACUGGCAUACACACGCAGCUCGUGAGUUUCAAGUUUGGGGAAAAUAAUUUUCACCAUAAAAAUGCACCUUUAUAAUAAAAGCAUUACAUGCAUAAUCGCAUUUGCGGUCACUUUUGAGAAUGGCGUUUUCCCGCUAAUUGAUUGCAUUUUGGAAUAUUUGCGCUUAUAGCCUACUGCCAUGUGCACAUUGCUGCGCUUAUAAUGUGAAGAAAUAGCCUAAUAGUAUAUCAAAAUUUUAAGCUAAACAUUCUGAUCUGUUGCAUCAGCCUAAUUGGUUUUAAAUGUUUUUUUUUAUGCUAGUGGUUGUAUUAAUUUGGGAUCUAUCGCAUCCCACAACUGUCCCAGACUGUGUUUCGAAUAUAUAUUUCUACGCACAGAAUUGAAUAGGUAAACUUUUGUACUAUGGGGGAUAGUAGAUUGAGAUAGGCUAGUGCUUUUUCUGUUCGUUAGGCCUACCCAUCUUGUUGCCUGACGAAAAGUAAAUGUAGACAGUUCUUCCAACAUCUUCAAUACGCGCCUCGGAAUUUGAUAAGGACGCGCGCAGUUGCAUUCCCGAUAUGUCUGUCUUCAUUUGUAGCCUGUGAGAAGGACCCGAUCAUGUGACGGGCAUUGGCUAAUAAGAAUUGAGCGAUAUCUGAGAGAGCCAUGUGAGUGAGAGGUGCUUCGGCACACGCAGCCGGGAGAAGGGAAUUUGUAUUAUUAUAUUCACCCCAAGGGCACAACGGCCACUGGCCGCAAAAGGCAUGGAUUGUUUUAGGGGACAUUACGGUCACACAAAGGGGAUGCCGCCGGGAAAUUCAAGGCAUUAUCAAGUGUUUGUCUAAUUUUGAAUGAGAGACUGAUAAAGUGUGUGCAGCGUGUGCAAAAAACAAAGCAGAGCUCAUGCCUUUCAUGCAACUUUUUUGAAAUCAUCAUUAGAGUCGCAUCAUGCAGCCUUAGAAUGUAUUAAAAAUCAAAACAUAUAGCCCAACAUUUGUAUCACAACUAAAGUUGCAUAAAUAACUCUAAAUUAAGCACACAGGAGGACCUGUUUCUUUGUUAACUGCUCAACACAGAAUAGCCGCAUGUGCACACUCCCUCAAAUCGUUUGGAGAAAAUAUCCUUUCUAUUUUAUUCAGCUAUGUUCAGUUGUAUUCUUCAUACUUUAAAAUAAUAUGAAACAAUGCCACGGAAUUCUAAGCAAAUGUUGUCUGCUAAAUUAACUAGAGUAGCCCACAGCCAUAUGACAUAGCCAGAUCAGGGCCUAACAUAAGGACAACUCAGAGUAUGCUAUUCUGUUCUUCUGACUACACUGUCUUCAUAUCAUGUUUCUUUAGACCUGUCUAAAGUAAAUCAUGGAUUUAUUGUGAUGGUGUAGGCUAUAAUAAAUUGAUUUAUUAGACUUUUUUAAAUGUAGAUGUUCCAAAGGUCUGCAUCAGUGGCUUGUAGGCUAUGCGUGGAAGCCAGGAGAUGCUAAAUGUGUUUAUGUUAAUUAACGGUAAAUUACCGUUAAACCGGCAGUUAUUUGCUUGACAAUCACCGGCUGACAAAAUGUCAUGACUGCCACAGCCCUAUCUGUGCGUCUGUGAUUAUGUCCAGUUCAACAAUAUAAGGCUUCUGUUGACUUACAGCAUGCAAAGCGGUGUGACCCUGAUAGGAAAAGCAUAUAUGAAUAGACGCCAGCAGUCAAGACCCAGCCUGUACCUGCCUUUCUUGCACUAACACUUGCACUUGUCUUUUCUUACUAGCACUGACUGCUAAUCACUGCUUUAUUGAGAACACGUUUUACUUAACACGACUGCAAUAUGUGUUAUUCUGCAUAAUUGCAUUACGUAAAGCUCUAGCCAUAUUAUUAUUAUUAUUUUGUAUUAUUAUUUUUUAUUUUUUUACCAGUCAGUUCCCCUUGGAACCCUACAGAUUUUUUAUAUUAAAAACUGAAGAAGAGAAAACACCCACAAAGUAUUUUAUUUGGCUCCAAGUCCUGUCACCCUCUCUGAAAAUAGAAAUUCUAAGGGGCAGAUGAUAAUCCAGCCACUUGUGCUUUGAUUAAAAAUAACUGGGAGACUUCUACUACAGGGUGUUGUUGUUUUUGUCCUGUUUUUCUUUCACUUACGUGUUUUGAUUUAUGGUAUUGGGAAUGUGCUUCUCCCCAAGACUCCUCUUGCCUGUGGAACCAGUUUGCCUGUUCUAAGAACAAGUGCAUCGCCAAGCAGUGGCUGUGUGAUGGAGAGAACGACUGUGAGGACGGACUGGAUGAGAGUGUGCAGAUAUGUGGUAAGUACCCACGGUCAUAUAGCUAUACUUUGGGUGAAGAUUACAUGUAUCUCAAACAUGCAGUUUGAGACCAGUCUGAGACCAUUCCCAGUUGGCAAAACUGGAUGGAAUGAUGUCAUUGCAACCUGAUUACAACAUUGUUUUGAGACCAGUUGGAGACCUUUUAAUUUUAAACUAGUUUCUAGACUAUUGAAAUGAUAACACAGAAAUGAAAUUAGAAACAUAUUGAAAAUACUUUGAUGGGUGGUGAGGCCAUGAGGCAGAGCAAUUUCACCAUGUAAAUGAGACGUAACAAUAAUGAAUUUGCCAAUAAAAAGAAAUAAUCAUACAACAAUAAAUGUAAAAUGUUUGUCGAGAACAGUGGUAUAAUUGGAUUUUCAAGGCAAUAUGAAUGAAAUAGCCCUAAGCUUAUUCAUUUUUACAUUUUACAUUUUAGUCAUUUAGCAGACGCUCUUAUCCAGAGCGACUUACAGUUAGUGAGUGCAUAAAUGUUUCAUAUUCCUUGCACUAUUGCGAUCAAAAGAAAGGAAGUGCAUUUUAAACAGACAUGCAUUAUUGAGCAAAUGUACUUACCUUUAUUGUCACAGUAUGAGGCUUUGUAUUGUCUCUGAGGCCACAUAAAACGUAACAGAUCUUGUCCGAUAUAGGCCUCUGCUUGAAUGUACAGAUGUAGGAUCUUAAUUUGAGCCAGUUUGCUACAGUAGGAAAAUAAUCCUACAGCAACUGCAAAUGUGAUCAUUGUAAUUAAUGGACACUUUCGUAAGGGUUGAUACAUUUUUCAUAAGGGAAAAUCAACUCUGAACUGUCAAAGUGGAAAUUACAAACUUCAGAAGCAUUUUUAAACCUAAAAGAGUUAUACAAGUUUAAAAUUUCCUGCAUUGCAGGAAAGUUAUCCUGCAACAGGGUGAUCAAAUUAAGAUCCUAAAUCUGUAAGUGGCAAGAAUGGAAUGGAUAUGAUCAUUUUCCCAUCCUUUACAUUGUUACUCAUAGUAGUCUUAGGUUAUAGUUCAGCUUAGUCCAUUCUGCAGUUUGUUUGACCUGCCCCCUCUUUCUCCCUAUUUGCCUCCUCAGGUUUGAUAACAUGUGCCCCAGGGUUAUUCAGCUGCCCUGGGUCCUACGCCUGUGUCCCUAAACGCUGGCUUUGUGACGGGGAGAGAGACUGUCCUGAUGGCAGCGACGAAUUGGCUGCAGCUGGAUGUGGUAAGUUUGCAAUGAGCCUCCAUAUCAUGUUAAAU